CCUUCUGUCUCCCAUUCUCUGCCAUUGUGGUGGGUGCAAUUGACUCAGUUUCUGCCAUGUCUUCUCAUAAAACUUUCAGAAUCAAGUGGUUUUUGGCCAAGAAACAAAAGCAAAAUGGUCCCAUUCCCUAGUGGACUGGAAAGAAAAUCACGUACAACUCGGAGACAUUGAAGAAGAGCCAAGCUGGAUUGCACAGAUGGCACACAUAUUUAUGAUGUAUCAAGGUCACUAUCAUCUUAUAUCAAGCUGAAACUGUCAUCAGUUGGACAGUCAGCCACAUUUCAUGGGGAAAUGAUUUUUCUCUUUGUAUGCUCAGCACUAAUAAGAUGGUUCAAUAAAUAUGAGAUCUUUUGUUUGAAAAAAGUAGAGAUAAUAGAAAACAAUCAUAAUUUUGAUAUUUCAAAUUUACAGAGGGGAAACUGAGGCACAGAGUGGUUAAAUAACUAGUUUAAAUUUACACAGUAAGUGGCACAGCUGGAAUUUCAAUCCUGGCAGUCUGAGCUACUGUUUAAAAAUUGGGUAUUAAUAGCACACAUAGUGUUAAUUUAUAGAGAAGGGACAAAGAACCAAGGGAUACCGGGUGCAGGGGAGACCUCAUUUAAAAAUAUUACCAAUGGGCUAAUGUAUUACUGACACUGCGCUUUGCCAGCUCUUUUAAUCCCUCUAAGAAUUCUGUGAGGUAGGUACUGUCAGUUUCAUUUUUCAGACACUUAAUAGAUGAUUCACGACACAUUCUCUGCUUGGACGGAGUUAUACCUUUAUCGCUGCUCGGUAGCAAUGUAAGGAUACUGAAGAAGCUGUGGCAACAGAGCGCAGGAGGCCAAAGGAAACAGACUGGAAGUGAGAAAUGCAGGAAACGUUUCUCUUAAGCAGAGGCGGGUCCACCUUUCAAAUCUCUCCAGCCGGCCCGCCAAGGCGUCACAAAGCCCGCCCCUUGGAGACAAAGCCACGCCCCCUUCGCGGGCUGUUCCGGGAGCUCCCAAUACGUCCCUCUUUCUCUUUGGCCCCGCCUGCCGCUCCUCUCAUCAUUUCCUGUGCGCUGCGUGGUGAUUGGCCUAGAGGUCGGAAGUGAGGGCGGGCGGGGGGCCCGUUGCCGCAGUGACAGUGCUGGGGGAGUCCGAAGAUGGCGGCGUCGCGUCGCUCUCAGCAUCAUCACCACCAUCAUCAACAACAACUCCAGCCCGCCCCAGGGGCUUCGGCGCCGCCGCCCCCACCUCCCCCACCACUCAGCCCCGGCCUGGCCCCGGGGACCACCCCAGCCUCCCCCACGGCCGGCGGCCUGGCCCCCUUUGCCUCCCCGCGGCACGGCCUAUCACUGCCGGAGGGGGAUGGCAGUCGGGAUCCGCCCGACAGGCCCGGAUCCCCGGACCCGGUUGACAGUACCAGUUGUUGCAAUUCCACCAGCACAAUCUGUACUGUUGCCGCUGCUACCGUGGUCCCGGCAGUUUCUACUUCCUCUGCCGUUGGGGUCGCUCCCAACCCAGCCGGCGGUAGCAGUAAUAAUUCACCAUCGUCCUCUUCUUCCCCGACUUCUUCCUCAUCUUCCUCUCCAUCCUCCCCUGGAUCAAGCUUGGCGGAGAGCCCCGAGGCGGCCGGAGUUAGCGCCACAACACUGGGGUCUGGGGCAGCUGGACCUGGGACAGGGGUCCCGGCAGUGAGUGGGGCCCUACGGGAACUGUUGGAGGCCUGUCGAAAUGGGGACGUGUCCCGGGUAAAGAGGUUGGUGGACGCGGCAAACGUAAAUGCAAAGGACAUGGCCGGCCGGAAGUCUUCUCCCUUGCACUUCGCUGCAGGAUUUGGACGGAAAGAUGUUGUAGAACACUUACUGCAGAUGGGUGCUAAUGUCCAUGCUCGUGACGAUGGUGGUCUCAUCCCCCUUCAUAAUGCCUGUUCCUUUGGUCAUGCUGAAGUAGUGAGUCUGUUACUGUGCCAAGGAGCUGAUCCAAAUGCCAGGGACAACUGGAACUAUACUCCCCUGCAUGAAGCUGCUAUUAAAGGGAAAAUCGAUGUGUGUAUUGUGCUGCUGCAGCACGGAGCUGAUCCCAACAUUCGGAACACAGAUGGGAAAUCAGCCCUGGACCUGGCAGACCCCUCAGCAAAAACUGUCCUCACAGGUGAAUACAAGAAAGACGAACUCCUAGAAGCUGCUAGGAGUGGUAAUGAAGAAAAACUAAUGGCUUUACUGACUCCUCUAAAUGUGAAUUGCCAUGCCAGCGAUGGGCGAAAGUCCACUCCUUUACAUCUAGCAGCUGGCUACAACAGAGUUCGCAUAGUCCAGCUGCUUCUUCAGCACGGUGCAGAUGUUCACGCCAAGGACAAAGGUGGACUUGUGCCUCUUCAUAAUGCAUGUUCAUAUGGACAUUAUGAAGUCACAGAGCUGCUACUCAAGCAUGGAGCCUGCGUUAAUGCCAUGGAUCUCUGGCAGUUUACUCCGCUACAUGAGGCUGCUUCCAAAAAUCGUGUAGAAGUCUGCUCUUUGUUACUUAGCCACGGUGCCGACCCUACGUUAGUCAACUGCCAUGGCAAAAGUGCUGUGGAUAUGGCUCCAACUCCUGAGCUCCGGGAGAGAUUGACAUAUGAAUUCAAAGGUCAUUCUUUACUACAAGCAGCCAGAGAAGCAGAUCUAGCCAAAGUUAAAAAAACACUUGCUUUGGAAAUCAUUAAUUUCAAACAACCACAGUCCCAUGAAACAGCACUGCACUGUGCUGUGGCCUCCCUGCAUCCCAAACGAAAACAAGUUACAGAACUGUUGCUUAGAAAAGGAGCAAACGUUAAUGAAAAAAAUAAAGAUUUCAUGACCCCGCUGCAUGUUGCAGCAGAAAGAGCUCACAAUGAUGUCAUGGAAGUUCUGCAUAAGCACGGAGCCAAGAUGAAUGCACUGGAUACCCUUGGUCAGACUGCUUUGCACCGAGCUGCCCUAGCAGGUCACCUGCAGACCUGCCGCCUCCUGCUGAGCUAUGGCUCUGAUCCCUCCAUCAUCUCCUUACAAGGCUUUACAGCUGCGCAAAUGGGAAGCGAGGCAGUGCAGCAGAUUCUAAGUGAAAGUACACCGAUACGCACUUCUGAUGUUGAUUAUCGACUCUUAGAGGCAUCUAAAGCUGGAGACUUGGAAACUGUGAAGCAACUUUGCAGCCCUCAAAAUGUGAAUUGCAGAGAUUUAGAGGGCCGACACUCCACACCCCUGCACUUCGCGGCAGGCUACAAUCGCGUGUCUGUCGUGGAGUACCUUCUGCACCACGGUGCUGACGUCCAUGCCAAAGACAAAGGCGGCUUGGUGCCCCUUCAUAAUGCCUGUUCAUAUGGACACUAUGAGGUAGCUGAGCUUUUAGUAAGGCACGGGGCUUCUGUGAAUGUGGCGGACUUGUGGAAAUUUACCCCUCUACAUGAAGCAGCAGCUAAAGGAAAAUAUGAAAUCUGCAAGCUCCUUUUAAAACAUGGAGCAGAUCCAACUAAAAAGAACAGAGAUGGAAAUACACCUCUGGAUUUGGUAAAAGAAGGAGACACAGACAUUCAGGACUUACUGAGAGGGGAUGCUGCCUUGUUGGAUGCUGCCAAAAAGGGCUGCCUGGCAAGAGUACAGAAGCUGUGCACCCCAGAGAACAUCAACUGCAGAGACACCCAGGGCAGAAACUCUACUCCUUUGCACCUGGCAGCAGGCUACAACAACCUGGAAGUAGCUGAAUAUCUCCUAGAGCAUGGAGCAGAUGUUAAUGCCCAGGACAAGGGGGGUUUAAUUCCUCUUCAUAAUGCAGCAUCUUACGGGCAUGUUGACAUAGCAGCAUUACUGAUAAAAUACAACACAUGUGUAAAUGCGACGGACAAGUGGGCAUUCACUCCUCUUCAUGAAGCAGCCCAGAAGGGAAGGACACAGCUGUGCGCCCUUCUCCUGGCGCACGGUGCAGAUCCCACUAUGAAGAACCAAGAAGGCCAGACACCUUUAGACCUGGCAACAGCUGACGACAUCAGAGCGCUGCUGAUAGAUGCCAUGCCCCCAGAGGCCUUACCUACCUGUUUUAAACCUCAAGCUACUGUAGUGAGCGCUGCUUUGAUCUCACCAGCAUCCACCCCAUCCUGCCUCUCUGCGGCUAGCAGCAUAGAUAACCUCACUGGCCCCUUAGCAGAGUUGGCAGUAGGAGGAACCUCUAACGCGGGAGACGGUGCAGCCGGUGCAGAGAGGAAGGAAGGAGAAGUUGCGGGUCUUGACAUGAAUAUCAGCCAAUUCCUAAAAAGCCUUGGCCUUGAACACCUUCGGGAUAUCUUUGAAACAGAACAGAUUACAUUAGAUGUGUUAGCUGAUAUGGGUCACGAAGAAUUGAAAGAAAUAGGUAUCAAUGCAUACGGGCACCGCCACAAAUUAAUUAAAGGAGUGGAAAGACUUUUAGGUGGACAACAAGGCACCAAUCCUUAUUUGACUUUUCACUGUGUUAAUCAGGGAACUAUUUUGCUGGAUCUUGCUCCUGAAGAUAAAGAAUAUCAGUCAGUAGAAGAAGAGAUGCAAAGUACAAUUCGGGAACACAGAGAUGGUGGUAAUGCUGGUGGCAUCUUCAAUAGAUAUAAUGUCAUUCGAAUUCAAAAAGUGGUCAACAAGAAGUUGAGAGAGCGAUUCUGUCACAGACAGAAGGAAGUGUCCGAGGAGAACCACAACCAUCACAACGAGCGCAUGCUAUUUCACGGUUCUCCUUUCAUUAAUGCCAUUAUUCACAAAGGGUUUGAUGAGAGACAUGCAUACAUAGGAGGAAUGUUUGGAGCUGGGAUUUAUUUUGCUGAAAACUCCUCGAAAAGUAACCAGUAUGUUUAUGGAAUUGGAGGAGGAACAGGCUGCCCUACACACAAAGACAGGUCAUGUUAUAUAUGUCACAGACAAAUGCUUUUCUGUAGAGUAACCCUUGGAAAAUCCUUUCUGCAAUUUAGCACCAUGAAAAUGGCUCAUGCUCCUCCAGGACAUCAUUCAGUCAUUGGCAGACCAAGUGUCAAUGGGCUAGCGUAUGCCGAGUAUGUCAUCUACAGAGGGGAACAGGCCUACCCAGAGUAUCUCAUCACAUACCAGAUCGUGAAGCCGGAAGCUCCUUCACAGACCACCACAGCCGCAGAGCAGAAGACCUAGUGAAGGCCUACUGGUAACGCCAGAUGGGAUUUAAACCUGGGACUGGAUUACAGUGGAUUGUUUCCAACAAAAGAAAUCCAUAUUCUCUAAAUCCCUGACAGCCUAGAAAUAAGCUGUUUGUCUUUUAUAAAGCAUUGCUAUCGUGAUGGGUACAGUAUGAGUAAUUGAUACACACUCAACUGCUACUGUUCCCUUUGAGGAAAUGUUUACAGAGGCGGCCUUUUAACAUAUCUCAGGCUCAUUUUCAUCACAAUUAUCCAUUUCUAAAACAAGAUUGCUUUGAUUUUAGACUUGGAGAAAAAAGAAACAUAACCAGUGCUUUCUCACACGUUCAUGGUUCACACACUACAUUUGCUUUGCUAUGCGUGGCACAUGUGUAUAACAAAUAUACAUGUCUUUUUUUUUUUUUUUUUAAACAUGCAUUGGCUUUUGUUUUUUGGUCACUAUGAAAAUGAGCCACUAGCCUUCUUGAUAUUUUGCACAAAGUCACACUAACAAAAAUCAUUAGGAAUGCAACCCAAGCUUCUGGCUAAACAGGAUUCAGUUUCCACUUUUUUAAAACACACAUUUGGUUUUAUUUUGUAUCUGUACUUCUCAUUAACAUAAGAUAAAAAAGAAAAACACCAAGUUUUUGUGUCCUCUUCUGAACUGGUCCAUCUCAUAAGGGAAAGGCACAACUUAGAAGCUCCGAAGUUCAAAAAAUUAAAAGGCAGAGAGGGCCACUUGCUCCUCCUGACACAGCCUGCUGCAGAGGUGUCAGGACAGUGCUGGAACGCCAAGAUGCAGUCGGCCAGGGAAACCCGCGAGGGAGGCGCGGCAUUAAGGGAUGUGCGGAGCACAUGGCUCUAUGUCAUUGUAGCCCAGAUGGAUCAAGAGAUUCCUCCAAAAGUAAAUAUCCAUACCACUGGAAUUGUCACACACACACACACCCACACCCAAAUUAGCUGCCUUAUUUCCAGAGUCAGUGGAAUUAUUGUACUUCAUUAAAGUCUUAAAAGUAGUACUUUGUUCCUUUAGAAAGCUGGGAUUCAGAUCCUGUUCAUUCGACAGCUGUACACAAAUGCAAGACCUUUUUUGUUUACUCCCAAUUUGGGGUUUAUUUUGAGUGACAUGCUUCAAAUAGUUUAUAAAGAUUUGUGUAUAAAGUUUUGAAACAUUUCCUCAAGCUUCUUGUUAUAUUUAGACAAGGAGGGAAAAAAAUUGAAGCCAAAGCCCUUUCAGUUAUUUUUGUCAAUGAAGGGGAUAAGGAAAUACCAUACUGUUUUAUUUGUGAAAUGACUGCUUGUUUGAACCCGUAUUUGGCAAGUGCACAUUGACACUUACAAAACAUUCUCCAUCACGGUUCCCACAUGUGCCUGUUCAACUUAAGGCAUAUGGGAUUGAGUGUUUUCAUUUACCUGCUUGGCAUGCUGUGCAUCCACUCUGUACAGGGAGGAAAAAUAGGAGAAACACACAAACUUGACGUUUCAACUUAAAGCCCUGAAAACUAAUUUGGGUUUUGUUGGUUGGGUUUUGUUUUGUUUUUUAAUUUAGGCUGAUUAAGCUGUGCUCACCCUUAAUUUCCUGAAGCGACAUAAAAUGGUUACAUGAAAUUUUCUAGAAAUAGGCUCUUAAAAUAUUUAUAUUUUGCUUUCCUUUUUGGCUUGAAUUCAGUGCAAGAACUAGGCAUCCAGACUAGUUUGAAUUUUGUAGCUGAAUCUUUCAUGGGUCAUCCAAAUUAAAUCAAGAAUCAGCCUCAGUCGUUGCUUCUGUUGAAGUUUCAGUGAUCCAAGCUGGGUGUUUGUGUUCUGGCUACUGAUUUAAUAGCACUAGAAAUCCAUAUGAAGCUUUGAAACUUGAUAUUCAUUAAGUGGGCUUUUUUUUUCCUCCUUUUUUGGUUGUGUGUAACAAAGGGUUGAAGAAGUUGCCAUCUGUGUAGUUCACGGUAGCCGUGAAGUGUGUAUUACUCACGCCCCUCCCCAGACAUAGUUGAAAACGGUAAACACAGUUGUGAUUUUUAGUUGAGUAAAAAAGGUUAAUAUGGCAUAGACAUGGAAAGCUUUAUAGCUUCAUUAAAAAGAUAAACCACUACCCAACUGUGGUUGUAUGUUGUUUCCAUCAUACUAACUAGAUUAAUGGAUGUGCCAGUUUUAAACUUGGGCCUUACAUUUGAGAAGUUAAUCUGUGGUUUAGUAUUUAAACUGCCAGUGUGAUGUGUCUGAUGUUCUGUGUGCUGAGUAAAGGUACUGUGUUAGGAAGACAUUUGCGGUGCUUCUUUUCUUACAAUGAUUGACAUAUAUAGUGGUCCUUGAAAGAAUGUGUGUGUAUUAUUCAUCUGCCUAAGAGUGGGUUAAUGGAUAUAUCAAAGGAGCCAAAUGCAUAUUUUUUUUCAGAAUUUGAAAACCAAAGGUCACCAUGAGUGCACUCAAAAGUUAGCAAAAGUUGAUUACAUUUGGAAUUUUCAUAGCAAUGUGAAGUACCCUUGGCAAUAUAAAAGCGUGGCAUUAAAUUAGGCUGGAAUUCAUUUACUGUUUUGUAUAUGUGCUGUGUGGAAACACUAGCAAGUUGGGGACUUAAGUACAGCGUCCCUGAUGUGGCCCCUCAGCUUCCCAAACCACAUAAUGGGAAUGAGCAUCUCUACCAGCUUUACUGGAGUCCCAAAGUCAAAGGGCUUCUCUAGACCUGAUGGUUCCAGUUUACCAGGUAUUAGCCAACUGGAUACUUGUGUCAGGCGUAAAUUAAGGUGCCCUAGAUGAGACACUUUCUCCUUGGACUCGACCCACUUCCCUUUACCCCAGAUUGCUAGUCUGGAGUUUAAAUUAGCUCUGACAGUUGCCUUUGACGCCAGUCACUUUCCUCCUUUCUCCAUCUUGGGUCUUGACACAAGGAGAAAAGGUCCCUCUCCAUUUUUCUGUCACAACCACAAAUGGGUAUCAGGCCUCCUGCUCUUUGCUCAGAAGAUGCUGCCACCUUGUUAACAAAUAGUAACAUGGAACCCAGAGUUUUAACUCUAUGCAAAAUAAUAGCAGUACAACUAGGAUUCUUAUUUUCCUUUUCUUUCUUGGAGUUUGGAAUUCCUAGCGUUUGAAACAACAUGAGUAAAAUAAAUAAUAUUACGAUGUUUUCACGUACUAGCCACUGGCUAGACUGAAGUGUAUUAAAAUAUACAGAGAAAUACCUGUUUUUGGAAAGUAAAUAAAGUUGUCCAGGUUUUUCUGUAUUUCGGUGUAUCUCCCAGGUUCACAAAGGGUUAUUAGACAAUGCUCCCUCUCCCUUUUUAAACACGUGCACUGUCUGGAUUCCUACAAAUGGCCUUGCAAACAGAAGUGUGUGUUUUCACUUUUCCCCCUGUGUGCUCAUAGCCUAUCUGUGUGGUAUCUGUAUAAUUCACCUCCUUACCAUGUUUUCUAUUUGACUAAUUACCUUGUAUAGCACUAUAGACUUUACUCAUUCAGCAGACACUCAAAACUGACAUUAAAAUAGGAUUUCAUGCGUCAGAAAUUUAUUUAAAGACUGAAAUUAAAUUUGUUUGUCAAAUCAAGACAGAGAAAUGAAAAGAAAGUAAUUGUGAAUGUAAUAUUUGAGCUAUUAUUGGACCCAUGUAGCACAUGAAAAGGAAAUGCGUUCAAAACUACCACUCGCCAAAGUGAGACUUCUGCAGAUAACUUGCGUAUUCUGCAAUGAAGAGAUAAUUAAAUUCUCCUUCCGAAGAAAGCCUUAACUAUGGCAGAAACUUUUAACCUUUUAUAUGCUAACAAAUAAAACCUUGUCAUUCCAUUUCCUACUGUUUGAAAAGGGUCGGUGAGUCCAGUAUUUCAUACUUGUUAAGCUUAUUUUAUGAGGGUAUAUUUCAUGAGUAAUACUCCCAUUACCUACAGCAGAGCUAAUAAGAGUCAAUCUUUUCAAAUUUCUAUAUGUGUGAAAUUCCUCAGCUAGAGGAAUUCUGGUUUGAAGAAAUGCUAGAAAGAGUUCAAACCCUGUUAAGUUGUGUCUGUGAGAAUACAGCAACAACCGUCACUAACAGGUAAAAUCAGAGGGACAGGAAAGCUGUUUUUUAGUGAUUUUAAAAUACAAACUGUAGUUAUAUUAAAAGUGAAAACGUAGGAAGCUGAGAUUUCAUAUACUCUGUAAGACCAAACAUGGUCAUGGUGUGACCAAUUUUAUACAUUAGCCAGAGAGUUCUGCCUCCUUUGAAAUAACAUUUACACGGUAAAGUUGAUUAUGAUUCCAUUUUUUUACUUUCUUUGCAUCACUUUCUCUUUUUUGUUUUAUACAUUACCCUUCCACACCUGCCCUACCACCCAGCCUUUCAAAGACAGUCUCUCCUGCUUCAGAAUUUGGGUGGUUGUGUUAGUGUUUAUCUGUCUACCCAUUUCUGCUGGCAGCCAUACAAUCACAGAGAAACACUGGCCUCCAGUAGUAGGAUGUCCCUCUCACACCCCCAUGCCCUGCCCAAAGUUCAGGAUGAAGAGCUAAAAUGAUAAAACUGGCAACGUUAGGAAGGAACGGAAAUCUUUGAAGCUAAUAGCCUAAACCCAGAAGAUGACCUUGACUAGGCAGCCCGUUGUAUUGUAUUCAUACACAGCACAGGAAACUCUUCGACUGCAUAGAAUACCUGCUUCUGCUCCCAUUGUCUCCAGCUCAUCUUAUCUUUGUGGUGGUAAUAUUUGUCUUUGAUACUUAGAAACAAAAAAGGUACUUUUAUCAACAUAUUUCUCAAACACAUUUACAAAACCAGCUUUGAGGAAAUGUAGACUGUUUCCUGGUAACAGCAUUUGAAGUAGCGAUUGUGUUUUCUCACUGUGAUGUUGGUCUGUGUAGGUGACCAGCGUAGUGACUCUUUGGUUCAUUACUGGUCACUGUGAUGUUGGUCUGUGUAAAUGACCAGUGUGGUGACUCUUUGGUUCAUUACUGGUCACUGUGACGUUGGUCUGUGUAAGUGACCAGCGUGGUGACUCUUUGGUUCAUUACUGGUGUUGUUUUUCUCUUUAGUCUCUGUGCGACCCACCACUGGUGACGGGGUGGGGGUGAGGGGGGUCCAAUCCCCUCCCCUUUCUUCUUCGUAUCUAUUUGUAGGAUUGUCAGAUGAAAUACAAGAUGCCCCAUGAGGUUUGAAUUUCAGAUAACAGUUUUUAGCGUAAGUAUGUUUCAAGCAGUAUCUGACACAUACUUAAGUGAAAGUAUUCAUUAUUUGAAAUUCAGAUUUAACUGAGCAUCCUUGGUUUUUGCUUUGUUUUGUUUUUCUAAAUCUGUCAAUCCUGAUUUGUUCAUGAAAAAUCACUUUAUAGCAUGUAAAUUCUUCUGGCUUCACCUCUCACCUGAAACAGAAGUCCUUUUUUCCCUCACCUUCUACUUAUUUCUAAAGGAGGGCAUCAAGGAACUCCACCUGCCUGCACGGUGGGUUUCUAUUUAAGAGAUCUUUGUGAUUAUAUUUAACCUGUAAUUGUGCUUUGGCUUAAUGUCUAACUUACACUACUUGUAAUUGAUUAAUAUUCAAUAAAAACGUUUUUAAAGUACAA